CGCGUGGUCUUUCUCGCGCGCUAUAGCAGGUCCAGUUUGCACGCACCUCCAACAAUAAGAGGGAAAAUGGAAGACCAGAUGGGUCCUCAGACUUUCAUUUACGGCUGUGAACUGAAGCAAGGAAAGGAGGUCACCUUCAACCCAGAGGAUGAUGACUUCGAACAUCAGCUGUCCAUUCGUAUGGCAUGUGUAGAUCCCUCCACCAAAGAUGAGCUGAAUGUUGUGGAAGUUGAGGGUCAGGACUCAGAAGGUCAGAAGGUUAAAGCUGUGCUGGCCACACUAAAGCCGUCCUCUCUACCCAGUGUGUGUGUGGGUGGAUUCGAGGUCAGCCCUCCUGUGGUUUUCCGUCUUAGAACCGGUUCUGGUCCAGUCUACAUCAGCGGGCAGCACCUUAUCAUGGUGAGUGGAGAUCAGUCUUUUGAUGAAGAGGAUGAGGAGGUGGAAGAGGAGGAUAUGAGGACAUCUGUUAAAAGGGCAGCACCUGGCAGCGCAAAACCAUCAAAAAAGAUAAAGAUGGAAGAGGAGGAUGAUGAAGAGGAUGAGGAUGAGGAGGAUGUGGAUGACGAUGAUGAGGAGGAGGAUGAGGAAGAGAGUGAAGAGGAGACACCUGUGAAGGCCAAGAAACCUGCAGCCAAACCUCAGACUCCUGCUCAGAAUGGCAAAGGACCCAAAGCCAACACACCAGCAGCUAAACAGAACAAGACACCAGUUGCCGGUAAGGACAAUAAAUUACAGACGCCCAAGAGCCCGAAGACGCCCAAAACCCCACAGGCACCUCUCAGCAUUACUGAGAUUAAGGCGAGACUCAUGGCGAGCAUAGAAAAGGGUGUGACGCUACCCAAACUUCAGCCUAAAUUUGAGAACUAUGUGAAAAACGGUUUCAAAGUUACUGAUGCAAAGGUGGUUGAUGAGCUGUGGAAGUGGAAACAGACUGUGGAGAAGAAAUGAAGCAUUUUAUUUUGUUAAAUUAUCCCCCCCCCCCUUUUUUUUUUGUUUUAUAACCCUUUGAGUUCGCCUGUACAAUCCGUGCCAUUCCUUUUAGAGUUAUGACAUUAUUGAGCCUACUCUGUCGAACUGUCUCCACCUUUUUGGUUCUGACCUGCUGCAGCUCAGAAUCAGUAUGUUUCUCACUGAGGGAGCGCUGGAGCACGUUUUCCCUUUUUAUUCCAAUUUUUGGUUCUAUUUUAAAAGCUCUAGCCAGUUUUUCUGAGGCUUUGUAAACUGUAACAUGCUCCUGUUUGAAGGUCCUUUUGAGUAAAGGUGUUCUGUUUCCAAGUAUUGACAUACAGCUCGUCUGUUGUGUUUUUGCAAUAUAACUUUUACUGUGCAACAAUUAAAGUGUUUUGAAAAAAUA